AUCAGGUCGGAUCUGCUACUGCCCAGGUCCAGGGUCCAGGAUCUAGGCUCCAGGAGUGUCCUCGACGUGACGUUCACAGAGAGCUACAGCUCGUUGGGUUACCCUGUAGACGUGGAGCGUCUGCGGGCGCUCAGCAGAGAGGAGGCGGAGCUGCUGUUGGCGCUCCCAGAGGAGCAGAGGCUGGAGGGUCUGAGGACGGGUCUGGACUCGGCCCUCAGGCUGCAGACGGGCGCCGCCGUCUGGGUCCGGGUCCAGGAGACGUUCCGCAGAGGAACCGUCCGCUACAUCGGCCCCAUCACCAAACACCCAACCCUCCGCCGCCGUGACCUGCCCGCGCGCUACUUCGGCAUAGAACUACAGGGCGAUGAUCGAGGAGAAGGCGACACCGACGGAUCUCAUGGAGGAGAGCGAUUUUUCUCCUGCGACAGAAACUGUGGAGUGUUCGUUGGCUUUGACAGGAUCACCGCCGCGGAACCAGAGGCCGGUCCAGAACCAAGACCAGACCCAAAACCAGAGCCAGUAGGAAGUCCAGAACUGAGAAUGAAAAUGUCCCUGAGAGUCAGACCAGAACCACGACCCAGUGCAGACCAAAACCAGCUCAUGUCCUUCAUGUCAGACCAUUUUUACCAAGACCCUCCUCACCAAGAGUCCAGACCAGAGUCUAGAUUUGAGACCAGACCAGACUCCAGACUAGAGUCUAGAUUUGAGACCAGACCACAGACUUGGGACUCUGGUCCAAAGUCCCUGUCUGGAGAUCUAGACCAGGACCAUGUGUAUGAAGAUCUGGAUCAGAGCAAAGGAGUCGCCAAAGUCCGCUCAAAGUCCCUCAAACUGAGUCCAGGGUCUGAAAAGUCCAGGUUUAAUAUUAAACCAGAGUCCAAAUCCAAAGUAAAACUUGAGUUUGAGGAAAAGACCAAAACCGGACUGAAAUCCUUCACAGACGUUUUCAAACCCAAGUCGACCAAGUCCACGUCUGAGCCCAAGACCAAGGCUGAGACCAGGACUGGGACCAGGAUUGGGACCAGGUCUGGGACCAGGUCUGCAACCAGAUCUGGACCAGAGCCACCCAGAGCAGGAGACCGGGUUCAGUUUGAGGUGGAAAAGAACGUGACAGCAGAGGGCGCUGUGGUGUUUGUGGAGACGGGGCCCGAGGGGACGAUGCUGCACGUCGAGGGCGUCUUGGGGAAGGCGUGGCAGGUUCAUCUGCAGAACGUCCUGAAGGUGGAGCCUGGAGCUGGUUCAGACUCAAAGGAACCAAAACCAGGAUCUGAAGAAUCCAAGACCGGACAGUCCAGACCAGAGUCCAGACCAGAGUCCAGACCAGAGUCCAGACCAGGGUUCAGACCAGAGUCCAGACCUGAGGGACCUAAACGUGAGUCCAGCCUCACAGCAGGAGACCGGGUUAUGUUCAUCACCGACCAGGACCAGACUGAAGAGGGCACUGUGAUCUUCAUCGAGAAGAACCAGGAUACAACUCAGGUCCACAUCCUGGGCGACUCACGGACCUCCAUUGUUCCUCUUGAGGGCGUCGCCAAACUGGAACCUGAUCCAGACCCAGAUGACCUGUACAUGGCAGAUCCUGAGGGGGCCUCCACUGCAGAUGUUCUGGAUCUGGACUCUGUGGUGGAGAUCGACCUGGGGACCGGGAGCGGCUUCGGGACCAUUCGGUGGAUCGGGAAUCUGCCGGGCGCAAAGCACGUGAUGGCCGGUCUGGAGCUGGAGAACCCUGUCGGUGUGAGUGACGGGACGUUCCGGGGCCUCAGGUGUUUCAGGUGUCCAGAGAAACACGCCCUGUUCGUGAAGCUCUCGUCCUGCCGCCCCGACUCACGCUUCAGCUCGGCCAAUCAGAGCGCUCGAAACGGCAGAGACGCGGCCAAUCACAGCGCUCGGAGCUGGACAGACUCGUCCAAUUACAGCGCUCCUCUGAAGAAAACUCGAGUGAAUCAGUUCAGCGCAGACGACGCAGAGCCGGUUCCUCCUCCGGCGGUGGAGCAGGUGGAGCGCCUCCUGGUGGGGAAGAUGAAGGGCAUCCAGGGUCACCAUAACUCCUGCUACAUGGACAGCGCCCUCUUCAGUCUUUUCAGUUGUUCGUCUGUUUUGGAUUCUCUUUUGUUUAAAUCGACUUCACCUCAGGACGCUGAAGUUCAGAAGAUUUUACUGCAGGACAUCGUCAACCCGCUACGAAGAGAUGGUUUUGUGGAGGGACGUCACGUGAUGAACUUGAGGAGGCAGCUUCAGAAACACGGCGAAAGCUUCACCACCGACGAGAAAGAUCCAGAGGAGUUUCUCUCCGUCCUCAUGAAUCACGUCCUCGCCCUGGACCCACUGCUCCAACUGUGUUCUGGAGGGAAGGUCCAGGACUCGUUCUGUUUCCAGAUCUUUUUGGACCAGAACCACGGCCUGGUCCUGCCCACGGUCCAACAGCUGCUGGAGCACUCCCUGUACAGCAACGGACUCAAACUGAACCAGGUUCCUUCGUGUUUGAUUUUACAAAUGCCUCGUUUUGGAAAAAAGUUCAAAAUGUUCGACAAAAUCAUCCCCUCGCUGGAGCUCGACGUGACAGACCUGCUCCAGCACGGUCUUAAACAGUGCGUUCUCUGUGGGGGCGGAGCCUCGUACGAGUGCUCGGACUGUUUCAUCGACGCGACGUUCGGCUCUGGAGGAUUCAAGCUCUUCUGUGACGUGUGCAGCCGACAGGUCCACGCCCACCCCCGUCGCCGUGGUCACAGCCCCUCCCUGGCCCCGCCCCCUUCCCAGUGUCUCCGUGGAAACAGGGAGCGGCUCCACCUUCUGGCCGUUUUGUGCAUCGAGACGAGUCACUACGUUUCCUUCGUCAAGUACGGACCUGAAAGAGAACAGUGGCUCUUCUACGACAGCAUGGCCGACCGCCACGGUGAGGAGGACGGCUUUAACGUUCCUCAGGUGACUCUGGCUCCGGAGGUGGGCGGGUACCUGGACAUGUCUCUGUCCGAACUGGCCAAUCAGGCGCCUCGAGAUAUGAAGGGCGUGGCCAAGAGGCUGCUGUGCGACGCCUACCUUUACCUGUACCAAAGCCCCGCCCUCCAGCUGUACACCUGAGCCCUGCCCCUCCCCGAGACUCACCUGCACCAAAGCCCCGCCCCUCCCCGAGACUCACCUGUACCAAAGCCCCGCCCCUCCCCGAAACUCACCUGUACCAAAGCCCCGCCCCUCCCCGAAACUCACCUGGUUUAGUCCUGGUUUAGUCCUGAAGCUGAACUCUGUUUAAAGUUUUAUUUUUUAAAUUUAUUCAAAUUUAAAUAAUUUGAGGUGAAAUAUGUUAAUGAUUUUGGGGGCGUGGCCUUUUUAUGUUUUAUCAAUAAAUUAUUUUCAGAUUAUUUAAAUGUGACGUUUUCGUGAAACACGAUGGCGCCGCGCCGUCUGGUGAUGUCACGGUGAUGUCACGGUGAUGUCACGGUGAUGUCACGGUGAUGUCACUGUGAUGUCACGGUGAUGUCACGGUGACGUCACGGUGACAUCACGAUGACGAUGAACUUUUGGGCAGAAUUCUCAGUGUGAUGUCAUCACCCCCCGGAGGAGCUGGAGGAAGUGUCUGUGGUGAAGGAAGUUUGGGAGUCUCUGCUCAGACUGAAGCCCCCGAGACCCGGAGAAGAAGAAGAACAUGGAUGGAUGGGUGAUGUCAUCAGUGUGACGUCAUCAGUGUGAUGUCACCAGUGUGAUGUCAUCAUCAUCAGUUGUGUUUUUAAUAUUUUUUUCUCAAACUGCUUGUGUUUUGUGUACAUUUUUCAUUUAUUUUUAUCGCAGGUUUAAUCUCCAGAUUAAAUUUGAACAUGAAAAGGUUAAAAAUCUUUGACACGCACUUUAAACCACAAAACCCUCCGCAGAUCGAUUCUCACACCACCACGACAUUUUGACUCAGGUCUGGUGAUGUUUAGAGUUUUUCAAUAUUUGAGAUAUUUUUUAAUAUUUGGAGAUAUUUUGAGUUAAAUAUUUGAUGUGUAUUUUUUUUUCUUUACACUUUCAUCCUGAAACUGUUUCACUGUAAAUUUACUUUUAUUCAUUUUUUUUGUUUUUCAAUAAAAAUAUUAAAUCAC